UCCUUUUCUGUUGGGAUGGAAGGCCAGUUUGGUCCGUGAAGGUCCAUGUCCGGCUUGAGGUUCCAUGCCCUUUUCCCUCCUUGUGGUAGGAGGAAGGUAGAUUGAGAAGUGGGGCUGAGCAUCCGGUCACCCCGUCAUGGGGAAGAAGCAGAAAAAAACCUCCCUCUGCGAAAGGCUGUUCCCAUUUUGCUUCAAGAAAGCCAAGGAAAAGGGGGAAGAUUUAGAGGAUCUGAAGAAAGAAGUCGAUCUUACCGACCACAAACUGACCUUGGAGGAAAUAGGGUCGAAAUACAAGGUGGACCUGUCCAAGGGGCUCACCCAUGCCCAGGCCGCAGCCAACCUCGCUCGGGACGGCCCCAACGCCCUCACGCCUCCCCCGACUACGCCAGAGUGGGUCAAGUUUUGCCGGCAACUCUUUGGCGGCUUCUCCAUCCUGCUGUGGAUCGGGGCCAUCCUCUGCUUCCUGGCCUACACCAUCCAGGAGAUGAUGGAGGAGAAGGCAGAAAGGGACAACCUGUACCUGGGGGUGGUGCUGGCGGCCGUGGUCAUCGUGACCGGCUGCUUCUCCUACUACCAGGAGGCCAAGAGCUCGAGGAUUAUGGAGUCCUUCAAAAACAUGGUGCCCCAGCAAGCCCUCGUGAUCCGAGACGGCGAGAAGAUGCUGAUCAACGCUGAGAAAGUGGUGGUCGGAGACCUGGUGGAGGUGAAAGGAGGAGACCGGAUCCCUGCAGAUCUCCGAGUGAUCUCUGCCAGCGGCUGCAAAGUGGACAACUCCUCUCUCACGGGCGAAUCGGAGCCGCAAAGCCGGUCGGCGGAAUGCACCCACGAUAACCCGCUGGAGACACGCAAUAUCUGUUUCUUCUCGACCAACUGCGUGGAAGGCACAGCCCGGGGCAUCGUGGUCUUGACGGGAGACCGUACGGUGAUGGGACGCAUUGCUUCCUUGGCUUCCGGCCUGCAAGAGGGUCCCACCCCCAUCGCAAGAGAGAUAGAACAUUUUAUCCACAUCAUCACCGCCGUGGCUGUCUUCCUGGGCGUGAGCUUCUUCAUCCUUUCGCUCUCGCUGGGGUACAGCUGGCUGGAGGCUGUGGUCUUCCUCAUUGGCAUCAUUGUGGCCAAUGUCCCGGAAGGGCUCCUGGCCACGGUGACGGUCUGCCUGACGCUGACCGCCAAACGCAUGGCUCGCAAGAACUGCCUGGUGAAGAACCUGGAAGCCGUGGAGACGCUGGGCUCCACGUCCACCAUCUGCUCGGACAAGACAGGGACCCUCACCCAGAACCGCAUGACGGUGGCUCACAUGUGGUUCGACAACCAAGUCCACACAGCUGACACCACAGAGGCGCAGGCGGGAGCGGUGAUUCUGAGCAAACGCUCGCCCACGUGGGCAGCCCUGACCCGCAUCGCCGGGCUCUGCAACAGGGCAGACUUCAAGGCCGGACAGGAGAACGUGGCCGUGGCCAAGAAAGACACGACCGGUGACGCCUCCGAGUCGGCCCUCUUGAAAUGCGUCGAGCUGUCCUACGGGUCAGUCGCCACCAUGCGGACGAAGAACCCCAAAGUGGCAGAGAUUCCUUUCAACUCGACCAACAAGUACCAGCUGUCCAUCCACGAAGCGGAAGACAAGCCCAAAGGGCACCUCCUCGUGAUGAAAGGGGCCCCCGAGAGAAUCCUCGAAUGCUGUUCAACGAUCCUGAUCCAAGGGAAGGAAGUCAACCUGGACAAGAAGAUGCAGGAAGACUUUCAGAAAACUUACCUUGAGCUGGGCGGGCUGGGCGAGAGAGUCCUUGGGUUCUGUCACUUGUAUCUCCCCGAACGCCAGUUUCCCAGAGGAUUUAAGUUCAACACAGAGAAGCUCAAUUUCCCCAUCAAUAAGCUGUGUUUCGUGGGACUCAUCUCCAUGAUCGACCCGCCUCGGGCUGCCGUGCCGGAUGCCGUUGGGAAGUGCCGAAGCGCCGGCAUCAAGGUGAUCAUGGUCACAGGAGACCACCCUAUUACCGCCAAGGCUAUCGCCAAGGGGGUCGGCAUCAUUUCCGAGGGGACCGAGACGGUAGAAGACAUUGCGGAACGGCUCAACAUCCCCGUCAGUGAGGUUGACCCCCGGGAAGCCCAGGCCUGCGUGGUCCACGGCUCCGAUCUCAAGGACAUGACCUCCGACCAACUCGACGACCUCCUCAGGAAUCACACGGAGAUUGUCUUCGCCCGCACUUCCCCGCAGCAGAAGCUGAUCAUCGUGGAAGGGUGUCAAAGGCAAGGCGCCAUUGUGGCGGUGACGGGCGAUGGCGUCAACGAUUCCCCCGCCCUUAAGAAGGCCGACAUCGGGAUCGCCAUGGGCAUCGCUGGCUCCGACGUCUCCAAACAAGCCGCCGACAUGAUCCUCCUUGAUGACAACUUUGCCUCCAUCGUGACGGGGGUGGAGGAAGGCCGCCUGAUCUUUGACAACCUCAAGAAGUCCAUCGCUUACACCUUGACCAGCAACAUCCCGGAGAUCUCGCCUUUCUUGAUGUUCAUCCUCUUGAGCAUCCCGCUUCCUCUGGGCACCAUCACCAUCCUCUGCAUAGAUCUGGGUACGGACAUGGUGCCCGCCAUCUCCCUGGCCUACGAGUCCGCCGAGAGCGACAUCAUGAAGAGGAAGCCGCGCAACUCCAGGACGGACAAGCUGGUGAACGAACGGCUCAUCAGCCUGGCCUACGGGCAGAUCGGGAUCAUGCAGGCCUUGGCCGGAUUCUUCACCUACCUCGUCAUUAUGGCUGAAAACGGGUUCCUGCCCACCACCUUGUUAGGCCUCCGCCUGGAUUGGGACGACCGGUCCAAGAAUGACUUGGAGGACAGCUACGGCCAGGAGUGGACUUUUGAGCAGAGGAAAGUGGUGGAGUUCACCUGCCAUACCGCUUUCUUCGUCAGCAUCGUGGUGGUACAGUGGGCCGACCUCAUCAUCUCCAAGACCCGGAAGCUCUCUCUGUUCCACCAGGGGAUGAGAAACAGGAUCCUGAUCUUUGGCCUCUUGGAAGAAACCACUUUGGCUGCCUUCUUGUCGUAUUGCCCUGGCAUGGAGGUGGCGUUGCGCAUGUACCCGCUCAAGAUCCCCUGGUGGUUCUGUGCUUUUCCGUUCAGCCUCCUGAUCUUUGUUUAUGAUGAGAUCCGGAAGCUCAUUCUCCGCCUAAAUCCAGGAGGAUGGGUGGAGAGAGAAACUUACUACUAGGGGGAACAACUAUGGUGCGUCCCUGGGUUAGCCAUUCCAUUUGUUAAAAAGAAGACAAAGGAGGGGGAAAAAACACUAAAAUAUUUUUUGGAUGCUUUGCUGCGUGCGGACUCCAAAAUAUAUCUAAAACUAAAGGCUGCUCUUUUAAAUAAAUUACAUGGUUCAA